UCACAUUUAUUGUCCUCCUUCGCAAACACCGCACAUUCCUUUCUUCGCUGCCAUUUUUUAUCGCACAAAGUCGCGGCGGUGGUCUGGUCUGGUUACGCGGAAGAGGACGAUCGAAUCCACCGGAGGAGGCACUACGCCGGCGAUAUUAACAAGAUCCGACGGAGCUAUGGCCGCCGUCGAUUUAUCGGUAACCGUAACCCUAGCUAUUUUUGCAGCGUCGCUGGUUUUGCCUAAAGCGUGCGGGAAUUCCGACGGCGACGCGCUCUCCUCGCUCCGCCGGAGCUUGUCGGACCCCGAUAAGGUGCUGGAGAGCUGGGAUCCGAACCUCGUGACGCCCUGCACAUGGUUUCACGUCACCUGCAACAAGGACAGCCGCGUUACUCGAUUGGAUCUCGGAAACUCAAAUUUAUCUGGACAUUUAGUGCCGGAGCUCGGGAAGCUCGAGCAUCUCGAAUAUCUGGAGCUUUACAGAAAUAACAUCCAAGGAUCGAUUCCUUCAGAGCUUGGUAAACUAAAGAAGUUGAUCAGUUUGGACCUAUACAACAACAAUAUCUCAGGAAAAAUACCUCCGUCGCUGGGAAAUUUGAAAUCCCUUGUCUUUCUGCGUCUAAACGAUAACCAGCUCACUGGACCUAUCCCGAGGACACUAGCUAGUGUAUCGAGCUUGAAAGUUGUGGACGUGUCAAAUAACAAUUUAUGUGGCCCAAUACCUACUACUGGCUCCUUCGAGCAUGUUCCUUUACACAAUUUUGAGAACAAUCCUCGUUUGGAAGGCCCGGAGCUGCAGGGGCUCGCUAGCUACGACACAAACUGCUCGUGAAGAAACUGAAUGGCGACUAAACCUGUCGACUUCCUCUCGUCUCGACUUCUCUACAGUACGCUUGGUUGUGUAAGAGUUUGCUAUUAUAGCUUUAUGGUUAAGGUAAUGAAUCGAUGACGACGAACAUUUGUAUAAUUCUCGUGUUGUCUAUUUAUGGAAAUCCAAUGGUGUGUUUAUUUGGUA